CCUCAACCCCCCCGUCCAGCCCUUGCUUGCACUGCGGAAACACACACCACACACACACCAGUCAGCUGCAUCCAUCACCGACCAACAGACAUUCGGCGACGACAAGAGGCUGCCUUGUACUUACUUGACGCAUCUCCCCUCCCUCCCACUCGUCGCACUCUUCCUUUCCACCUCUUCACCCCCCUUUGCUCUUCCGGUUGCGGCAUUAGCUCCCAGACAAGGAGAGACCCUAAUCAGAUCGCGGCGCCGUCUACCCCGCCGCGCGUUCCGUUGACGCCGUCAUUUGGACACACCAACCCCGGAACAAGUCUCACCACAACCCCCCAUCCGCGCUGCAGCGUCUCACACACCGCCGGCGUCCCUUGUUCCUCCUCGUCCUUUCAACACGUUCCAACUUGACAACGACCACUGCUAGCACGCGCACGCCGGCGACGCUCGAUCGUGCACACGCAGCACAGCCUGGAACACAUUGCUACCAUCACCCUUGGCGACCCCCCCCCCCCCCCUAUCCUUUGACCUUUGGACACAUCAGUUCAAAAGUCCGGACACGAAGCUCUUAGCGCUCACCGGCUGUCUUGUUCCCUUGUUAGCUUGACAACAGCAGACAAAAGGCUGCACGACGAGCGUCACCCAUUUCUCCAUCGCUGGGCCUUGAGUCUCGUAACCCGUCGGCUUCGCUUGCUCCGACCUCUCUUCAUCACAGCCGUCCAACAUGCGUCCCAAAGUUCUGGAGAUCGCUUGGCACGAGACACAAGCCAUCUACUCGUGCGACUUCCAACCACUCCCAGUUGGCCAGCUCAAGCGGCUAUUGCCCACGCCAACAGACGACGAGGACAAGGCUCAUGACAAAGGCCCGGUCAUUGCCGGCGGCCGCUCGUACCGUCUGGCGACAUGCGGUGGUGACUUCAAAGUCCGCCUCUGGAUGGUCUACCCCAACAUCCCCUCAGUAUCGGCUUCUACCCAUGCGGCCGUGACGCGCAAGGAGGUUACGCCUCACCCACCACGCGUCGAGUAUCUCGCCACGCUUCACAAGCAUUCGGCCGCAGUCAACGUCGUCCGCUUCUCUCCCAACGGCCAACUACUCGCAUCCGCCGGCGAUGAUGGAAACGUCAUCCUAUGGGUGUUGUCAGACAGACCAAUCUCUAACUUUGGGGAAACGACCGAGGAUGCCCCAGACAAGGAGCACUGGCGACCACAGAAGAUGCUGCAGGUGACUAACAAGCACGUCUACGACCUCGCAUGGUCCCCGGACAGCGAGUUCUUCAUCGCGGGAUCAACAGAUAACACGGCGACCAUCUGGAAGGCAUCGAGUGGGGAAUGCAUUUUUGCUCUACGAGAGCACUUGCAUAACGUCCAGGGAGUCGCGUGGGACCCUCUAAACGAGUACAUUGCCACACAAAGCAGUGAUCGUGCUGUCCACGUCAACACCUUUGCGUUCCGCAAUGGUGUUCCCGACGUGCACCCUGUGUCUCGUGCGACUCGCAUGGAGAUCCGUCAUUCUCGAACACCGUCCAUUCCAUCAGGUCCGCGGCCAGGUUUCGCCCGUCGAGGGUCGACUGCGUCGGAGGCCGGCUCUGUGAUUACCACGGUCUCGGAGGUCACAGACCAUCCGAUCAUUCCCGGAGGCUCGGCAUCGGCCAUCCAGCCACCUGCCACACCGUCAAGUACGUCGGUGCCGUCAACGCCGAUUCCGAGUGCGAUGAACCCACCUCCACCAGGCUCUGCCAAGCCGAGCUCAAGGCGGUCCUCCUUCUCAUCACAACACCCUGGGUCACCCGCCCUGAGUGUGGCGGGCAUUGGAUCUAAUCGAGGGCGCUCUCCUUCGCCUAUCCCUCCCCUGCCGGCCAUGCGCGCUGUGGCACCGACGACUGCCAUCAUGCAGCGUCUGUACGGGGAGGAGGCCAUGACACGCUUUUUCCGCCGACUCACCUUCUCGCCCGACGGCAGCCUGCUCCUCACGCCCGCGGGCCAGAUUGAGGACCAGGUGUACAAGGGGUCUCCUUUAAUGUCGCAGCGAAGCUUGUCGACUGAAGGCUUUGAUGGGCCUCCCUCGGUCGGCGGUGACACGCCGUCUGGUGCGCCUGCGACCCGCGCGCGCCCUCUGAAUGUCGACGCUGGCAAGCCAACAGUCUACAUUUACUCUCGCGGCAACCUCGCCCGGGCGCCUAUUGCGCACCUACCUGGGCACAAGACUGCCAGCGUGGCCAUUCGCUUUUCGCCCAUCUUCUACGACCUGCGUACAACUGCCACAGGUCCCGCUGUGCCAGCUGAGCCAAAACAGAUCACUCUGGAUGUGUCCAACCCCACUCCUGUGCACGUGUCAUUGUCAAUGCCGCCACCACCGCCUCCGCAGAAGGAGGGAGAGAGCAAGGACGCGCAGAAGCCCCUGGGCAGUGUCUUUGCCCUACCUUACCGUCUGUUCUACGCCGUUGCGUGCCAAGACGCCGUGUUGCUUUACGACACACAACAGGCCGGCCCCGUCGCCAUCUUCCGCGGCCUGCACUACGCAGGAUUCACGGACAUUGCAUGGUCACCAGACGGACAGGUCAUGAUGCUGUCGAGUGCCGACGGGUACUGCUCCAUCGUCGUGUUCGACUUUGGAGAGCUGGGCACAGUUCACGCCACCCAGCAGCACCACCGCCAGCUUGCGGCCAUUGCCCACUCGCACGGUGGCGUGCACGGCAGUAGCUCGGCAGCGGCGACGCCAAUGCCGCUGUCGCCGUCGGUCCCGACGAUGCGUGCGAGCCCUGCGCCGCCACGAAGCGAGCGGGAGUCGUCGGUUGCUUCCAGUGUGGCGUUUUCUGGUGCGGUCGCGCCGCCACUGUUCGCUUCGGGGUCAACGCCUUCGGCGGCUCCCAUCAACCGCCCUCCAAGUAGCUCUGCGAGUUCUAUCGACGUGCCUCUGCCAACGCCAAGCGAUGACCUCGACCAGCUGGGCUCGAGCUUCCGCCCGCAGUCUGUCGGCCCCGAGUCUUCCAGUGGCGUCGUCGGCCUUGGGCUGGGCGAGGAGGUCUCGAAGCGCGAGCGUUCGAGUGAGAAGGGAACAGUCGGUGCCGUGCCACCAGCCAAGAAGAAGCGCAGAGUGGCGCUCACGCACCUAGGGGAUGAUGCGGCGUAGAAAAGUCCGCCCAACCCUCCCAUCACCACCACCACACACACCACGACCUUUACUUGGGUUCUUGUCCAUGUAGUGAUUCGAUAUUCACGAUGCAUCGUGGUGUUAGCG